AUGAGCACCAGGCAGGUGGCUAGGAAGGAUGAGAGAGACACCGAUGUGAGGAGACAGGAGGCUGAGCUUCAGAACCGAGCCCACCUGAGCCAAGAGCGCCGGCUCAAACAGGCUACCCAAUUCCUGCACAAGGACUCUGCCGACCUGCUCCCCCUGGACAGUCUCAAGAGGCUGGGCACCUCCAAGGACUUGCAGCCACACAGCGUGAUCCAAAGGCGCCUGAUGGCGGGAAACCAGAGUCAGCUUCAGGGUGAGUCUCCCCUAACACAGGCCCUAACACAAGACCAGAACAGCAAGGAGACCUGGACAACAGAGAUUCCGGUCCUUCUUGUCAAUUGCAAGUGCCAGGACCAGCUGCUGAGAGUGGCAGUGAACACAGGCACACAGUACAAUCAAAUCUCUGCUGGAUGUCUCAGUCGCCUGGGGUUAGAGAAGCGGGUCCUUAAAUCCCCAGGUGGGGACCUGGCACCUGGACCUCCAGCCCAGGUGGAACAGCUGGAGCUACAGCUAGGGCAGGAGACUGUGGCAUGCUCAGCCCAGGUAGUAGAUGUCGAAAGUCCUGAAUUCUGCCUUGGACUGCAGACGCUGCUAUCUCUCAAGAGCUGCAUCGACCUGGAGCGUGGAGUGCUGCGGCUGAAAGCCCCAUUUCCAGAGCUGCCCUUCCUGCCUUUGUACCAAGAUCCUGGCCAGUGA